CUCCAAAGCGUAAAGUACAACAAAAUUUCGGUCUUCCAUUUUCAACGUUUUCCCAAAAAAAACACAAAAAAUUUAACACUCCGAAAAAAUAAAACAAAACAAUUAUUUCGGAACCAAAAAUUAUUUAGGCUUUUUGUAAUCCAAAUUUUCCGUAACAAAAUUCUGAAGUAAGCAAAAUGAAUUGCACGCUGAAGGUGGCUCGGGGCCUGAACUACUGCUGGAGGAGGCUGCCGCAGCCGCAGAACCUGCCCGACCAGGUGCGGCUGCUGAGCCACAGGCGCUUCGACUGGCGGAACUACAACCCCGAGUCGCCCAGCCAGCUGCGCUCCCAGCAGCACCGGUUUGAUAACCCGAGUAUGGGGGAGUACAUGGAGCAGCCGAUGGCCAGCAGCGAGCGGCGCGGACCCGUGUGGGAGCCGCGUCGGCGCACCAUCAUGCAGGACCCAGAGGAGCACCAACGGCGCCAGAACCUGAUCAUCGAGGAAAACAAGCGGCGGUGGACCCGUGGUGGGGGUAUGAGGCGCAAUGCCCAGGCUCCGGGCGUCUCCAAGCCCGACCUCAUCUACGAUGCCGACAGACAGAAUCGGCAGCCCCGUCGACCCUCGCAGCCACGACGCAAGGGAAAGAACUCGAACAGAGCGGCCAAAGAUUACAGCAGGAAGCGCAUGUCCCAGCGUAAAAGGGAGCUCAAGCGGCAGGCCCGCGAGCUGCGAAAGUCGCGCCGGGGCUACAAUCUGCCCGGUUCGGAUACCCGUGCCGAAGUCCACGAUGAGGAUGUGACCAUGAGACGGCAAGAGGACGCGUACGAACACUACGGCUCCAGCGAGUGGCUGCGCAAGCGCGAAGAUGCCGAGGAAGCAAAGUACUGGCACUCCUGGCACACCUGCCCCAGCCAGCGGUGCGACGAGAACCUCGAUUCCGACGAGGACCACAUUCCUAGUGGCCCACGGACAUCUCCCUCCGGCUACUACGAAAGUCGCCGAAGCUUUCACCACAUGCAGCUGCCUUCGAUCAGGUCCCCGCACUACCAGGUGGUGGCAAAUCGCCUGGUGAAGAGACGCAAGCCCAUCGGCCUCGAGAAGAGGUGCCGCCUGUUCAUACAGCAGCAAGCAGAAGAGGAGCUGGAGGAUGAGUCCGUAUUGGAGGACAACCCCCCACAGGUCGUUCUGCGCAAGCGAUCAGAGAACGCCAAGAUGGAGCGCACGGUUAAGCCGCCGCGCUUCGACAUGACCAUCCAGAGGGUUAAGCGCGAACCGGCUCCUGUGUGCAGCUUCUCCGAACAGCUGAACAUCUCAUCACCCAGCAACGGUUACGCAGGUGGCACGAGUUCCUCCCUUUACGAAAAGUGGUGCCACCAUGCCAGACUUCACAAAGGCUUCAAGCGGGGCGGCUAGGUGACAGCGAGAGCGAGAUCCUUCCCAGCGGACUGACACAAGACAAAGCGAUCCAUCGAAUUAUUCAGUAUUCAAAUAUACAGCUAAUUUAUUGCAUA